AUGGAAAUGACAGCUGAGAAUGUGCCUGCUGAGGAAUCAGCGUCCCCAGCGCAGCCGCAACAGCAACAGCAGGAUCAAGAGCAGGAGCCACAGAAACAGCACGAUCAAGAGCAGGAGCCACAAAAAUGGCGGGAGAAGGCGAAGGAGCAGGAGCAGAAUUCGCCGCAGCAUGUAAGCGCAUACAACACUCCCGAGCAUGCGCCUUGUGGCAGUUCAGAGGAUUUUCCCAACAACGGUAGUUCGCCUUUCAUGUCCCGGCCCUGUUGCGCCACCGAUCCGGAGCCAUUGCGUAACCUCAUCGUAAACUAUCUCCCUCCCAUGAUGGAUGAGGUACAGCUGUGCCAUCUUUUCGGGCAGUUCGGGCCGAUUGAGAGUGUGAAGAUCAUCUUUGACAAGGAGACAAGGGAGAGUCGUGGCUAUGGCUUCGUGAAGUAUGUCCACUUCUUUAGUGCAACAUACGCAGUGAACUCUCUCAAUGGCUACCACAUUGGGGGGAAACGAUUGAAGGUGGCGUAUGCGAAUGUUGAGGCCGCGAUGGAAAACUACAGGGCACUGAGAAUGUCGGCAAUGAUGUUCUCUAUGCAACAGCAGAUGGCUUUGCAGUCCGUAUUCUGCCAGCAGAUGCUGUUGGCGCGACAGCAAGGGGAUGGGCCGCAGUAG